CGAAUGGGCUUACGGAGCUAGUCGAACAAACCCGAGUGCUGCCGAUAUACAUUGUCAUCCCGACUGGACGUAGAAUCAUUUCCCCAGUUUUGAGAGGAAGAAGCGGAUAAAAUGCCGUCGCUUUUAUUCUGUGGGCCCAAGUUAGCCGCAUGUGGAAUCGUGUUAAGCAUCUGGGGUGUCAUUAUGCUGUCAAUGUUGGGAAUUUUCUUCAGUGCAAAAUCUGCUGUGCUGAUCGAAGAUGUUCCAUUUACUGAGGAAGACAUCCGCGAUGACAAGAAUCCACCGCAGACCAUUUACGGACUCUACAACCAAGUUGGCAUCAACUGCUUCAUUGCUGCUUCCAUCUAUGUAGGCGUCGGUGCAUUGUCUCUCUGUCAGGUUCGCCUUAACAAGCGCCAGGAGUACAUGGUCACAUAAACCCAAACAAUUUCAAAUUCAACAGCAAUUAUUCGUAAUUAUUUUUUAAAAACGUCUGAAUUGGAUAUAUUUGGCAGUUCAUCUUCGGGUCAAAAUCUAAACACAAGAUAUAGUGAUAGUGUAAUGAAUACGAAGUGAAAUAAUCAUGAAAAACGGUACAUAUGCACAGAUACAUGCGGUGUGCAUAUAUAUGCAUGCUAUGUAUUAUAUUUUCCAGAAAUAUGCAGAUCUUUGGCUCCACAUUUCCUAUGAUAUAAAUAAACAAAACAAGCAGAAAGUCUUUACUUUAACAGUUGUCUUCUGAUGAACCUAAAAGACACUAU